GGAAGAGUUCGCUGCGUUCGGUUGGUCCCAUGGACCAAUCACAGACCGGUGCGCGUGCAGCGCGAGUUGGAGCGGCGACCUACAAUUGGCCGAGGUGUUUUUUUUUAAAGGGGCGUAUUUUUCAAGCCAUCUUGACUGAAUAUUUAGCCUCAUCCAAGGUACAUUAAUUUGAUAUCUUCCGAGAUUUUGCUUUCCCCAAGUUGCGCACCACCGGCAUUCAAAGGGUCCACCCCGCCGCCAUGAAACCGGCUCUAGUUCGUGUGUUCAACCGAAGCCGCGGCGGAGAAGUGAAGCGCUGAAGAUGACGCUGCCGCUCCUGAAAUGACCGGCUAGCUAAGCUAACGGCUAGCAUGUCCGCCUCGGUCGGAGUCUGUCACUAGCUGACAUUUAGCCAGGUGCUGUUUUUCUGUUUGUGACUCGCACGACAGAGGACAUCUGUUCAAGGAGGCUAUUUAGGUCCCAUGCGGAAGGUGAGGAGGUGGGAAUGCAAGACAGCUGCUAGAAGACUCAACAUGGGCAGGGGUCGAGGCAGAGGGAGAGGAAGGGGAAGGGGAUCAACCAGCCAGCUGCGGGCCCCCUCCCCUUACAGACUGCAGCUCUCUCCAUCCAGGGAGACCCUGACAUACGCUCAGGCCCAGAAAAUAGUGGAAGUGGACCUAGAUGGAAGGCUCCAUCGGAUUAACAUCACAGAUCCUUUGCCUGUUAUCACAGAGGACGAAAUGAUGGCUCAGGACAUUGUCGAGUGCAACAGCAACAAAGAGAACAGCGAGCAAACGCAAAUUAAGAGCAAAUCGUGGAGGAAACCUUCUAACACUAAAAGCAGAAGGAGUGGUAAAAAUACAUCCCAUCAGAACCAGCGGUCCGGCUCACAGCAGCACACGGGAUCGUCUCACUCCUUCCAACACCCAUCCCAACAAACCCCGCUGCCCGAGCCCACCUUCCGCGUGCUGAGUUCCGCUUCCCCUGCAGAGGCACCUCCUCUCCCAGCGUCCUACUACCGCUACAUCGAAAAGACCGUGGACGAGCAGGAUGCCGUGGCAGAAUACGACAUGGACGAGGAAGACCUAGCCUGGCUGGAGAUGGUGAACCACAAGCGGGUUUCUGACGGCCAUGCGUCUGUAUCUCCGGACACUUUUGAGCUUCUGAUCGACCGCCUGGAGAGGGAGUCCAUCCUGGAGUCCCGCAGCCAGGCUCUGUCUCAGAGUGCCGUAGACGAGGACGCCUUCUGCUGCGUCUGCUUGGAUGAUGAAUGUCUGAACAGCAAUGUCAUCCUUUUUUGUGACAUCUGCAACCUGGCGGUCCACCAGGAGUGCUACGGCGUUCCCUACGUACCCGAGGGACAGUGGCUGUGCCGCUGCUGCCUGCAGUCCCCCUCCCGCCCCGUAGACUGUGUGCUCUGUCCCAACCGAGGAGGUGCCUUCAAACAGACGAGUGACGGACGAUGGGCUCAUGUCGUCUGUGCCAUAUGGAUCCCGGAGGUCUGCUUUGCUAACACGGUGUUCCUGGAGCCUGUUGAGGGCGUGAAGAACAUCCCCCCUGCACGUUGGAAACUCACUUGUUAUCUGUGUAAGCAGAAAGGCAGGGGAGCGUCUAUCCAGUGCCACAAAGCCAACUGUUACCGGGCUUUUCACGUCACCUGCGCCCAGAAGGCCGGUUUGUUUAUGAAAAUCGAUCCCGUCCGAGAGACGGGCGUGAACGGCACCACCUUCUCUGUGAAGAAGACUGCUUUCUGUGAGCACCACUCCCCCGUCGGGUCGCGGAGGGACGGGUCGGGAGACGAGUCAGUGGAAGGGAGGUUGGUGGGAGGCAGGGGUAGUCGGGGUCAGAGGUCCUACACUCAAAGUCCUCCCUCACCAACAAACAAGAAGGCAAUCAAAGGCCAGAAAAAGAAGAAUACUAAAGGAUCUGGGUCCACACGCCGCUCGAAUGUUCCUGUGCUGCUGGUGCCUCAGAUCCCCUCUCACAGACUGAACAAGAUCUGCACUGGGGUUGAAGUCCAGAGAAAGAAUCAGUUCAUGCAGAGGCUUCACAACUACUGGUUACUGAAACGACAGUCACGGAAUGGCAUGCCUUUAAUACGCCGACUUCAUUCCCACCUGCAGGCCCACAAAACCGCAGAACAGCGGGAGCCUGAUGAGAAGCUGAGCGCAGCGAGAGAGGAGCUACGAUACUGGCAAAAGCUGAGGCAAGACCUGGAGAGAGCCCGCCUUCUGGUGGAACUCAUCCGCAAGAGAGAGAGGCUAAAGAGAGAACAGAUGAAAAUCCAGCAGGCUGCCCUUGAAUUAAAGUUGACCCCUGCUUUGGUGCUUCUACGAACCACCUUGGACCAACUACAAGAGAAGGACACAGCCAAAAUCUUCUCUCAGCCCGUGAAUCUGGCAGAGGUUCCAGAUUACUUGGAGUUCAUAUCAAAGCCUAUGGACUUCUCGACCAUGAGAACCAAACUGGAGGGGCAUGCCUACUGCUCCAUUGCAGACCUGGAGAAGGACUUUGAGCUCAUGAUCUCCAACUGCCUCAAAUACAACUCCAAGGACACCAUGUUCCACAAAGCAGCCCUACAGCUGCGGGAGGUGGGUGGAGCUGUUCUCCGCCAUGCCCACAGGCAGUCCCAGAGCAUCGGCCUGGACCCCAGCACCGGCAUGCACCUGCCAGAAGCUCCAAACAAACACGGCUUCUACCAGUGCACAUGGGAUGACGUGGACUCUAUCCUGGAUCCCGACAACAGACUGCACCUGACCACGGACGAGCAGCUAAAGGCCUUACUGGACAAACUGGACAUGGUCACCUCCAUGCGCACCAGCGGAGGCCGCACCAAGCGCAUCAGACUGCUGCGCAGAGAGAUCAACACCCUCAGGCAGAGGAUGAGCCAGCAGCAGCAAGGCGCUCCGGCCCUGAACGGCAAAGACGGGGAGGAGGAAGAAAAAGAUGAAGAGGGAGACGAGGAGAAAGUGGAGGAGGAGGAGCAGAAAAAGAAAAAGGAGAAAGCAAACGUGGAAAACGGGCCUUUGACAGCAGUGUCAAACUCUGUGACAGAUGAUUGUCCACCUGUGCUGGAGCUGACCUGCCCAGUGUCCUCCCCCCUGCCGGGGGAUGCUCCCCUGGAGCCCCCGGUCCUGGGUAUGGUCACCGGGGGGCGGCGCUCGCCCGGGCGCUCCUACAAGCGUCAGAGGUCGUCCCGCAGCGGGAGCAAAAGCCAGGGCGAAGAGGAGGCGGAGGUAGGAGAAACGCCCUCAUCCCAACCGGAGGCCGUUCACGAGGUCACUCCGCUCGGCUCCCCGCCGACUCUGCCCCUGGUCGGAGUCGGCCGCCGCACAUCCGUUCUGUUCAAGAAGGCGAAAAACGGCGCCCGCAUGGCAAAAACCAAGUCCCCCGCGGGGCAGAACGGCAAAACGUCCGAGGAGAAAACCAACGGGCUGGACGUCGCGCCGGCGAGCCCAAACUCACCCGGACUGAACAACACCACCACCCUGCCCCCGACGCCCAACGCCUCCCCGGCGCCCUCCUCCCCCUCCACGCACCACCUGAGGUCCAGAGGCCCCAGCUCAGAGAGCAACACGGACAAGCCCCCCCCCCCACCCAGAGAAGAAGGCCUGACAAACGGAAAGUACACCUGUGCAGACCCGGAUGAGGACGAUGACCCCAACUUAACGCUCUCCCCUCCCAAACGGAGUCGUGGUAAACCAGCUUUGGCUAAAAUACCGAGCAAAGAGAACGGAGACAUCUCCGGGUCGGGAAAGUCUACACUUCUGUCUUUAGACAGUGAGACUGAACUUUCGCCUCUGGACCUGAUCGUUGAUCCGGACAUGCCUCAGGAAGGACUCCUUCACAACGGCAUCCCCAUUCCAGUGCCUCCCGUGGAGGUGCUCAAACUGGGCGAGUGGAGACAAACGGAGGAAGGAGAAAAGCUCUUCUUGGUGCUCUUCUUUGACACCAAAAGGACGUGGCAGUGGCUCCCUCGCGACAAACUACUGCCGCUGGGGAUGGACGACACGGUGGACAAGCUGCGCCUGAUGGAGGGCAAGAAACCCGGCGUCCGCAAGUCUGUGCACACUGCGUACGACCGAGCCAUGGUGCAUUUGAACCACGUGAGAGGGAACGUGAACUUCACGCCCUCCAAUUUCAUAUAGAUUUUAUUUUCCAGAUUUUAUAACCGGAAACAGGCUGUCUGUAUAGAAGCUUCUUUACUGUCCUUGAAAAAAUGGAAAAGUGAUGGUUUUUGAACAAUUUUUAAAAUGGUGGGCAAAGUGCUUAAUAUAUUUAAAAACAUUUUUAAUAAUCAUUUUACACAACCACUGUUGCUAUGUGCUCAUAAGAGGAUUUUCACUAUAGGCCAAAGUGAGUCGAGACUUGAUUGAAAGAAGUUGAAAUGUCUACUCGUCAAAGGGAUCGUUUUUCUUUGAAACGACUUUCGGUCAUGUUUGCCACUGAAAUGUCAAAGUUCCACUUUAACGCUCGCGUCAUAUCUGGACUCUGUGGCGGUCUGAUCUAUACAGCCGUGGAUGGAAACCGAACUUUUAAUGAUCUGUGUGCAUCUGAUAAAUCAACUUGACUUAUUUUCAGAAUAAUGAGGGAAGCAGCGACCUUUCAUUCGGGUCCUCCACUCCAAUCUGAAAUAGGCGGAUUUGACUGAUCACUUUUCAAACUUUGCUGAGGGAUUAUAUCCAGGUUAUGUUCAUAUUUUGUUCUCAAAACAAAAACUGCCAUUACAAGUAUUCUUGAACUCCGAGUCCAGCUAUGACGUGUCGUUGGUGAGACUUUUAAGGUUGUUGCUUAUUUUUCCAUAUUGUGAAACUGUAUUAUAAAAAAACGCCAGAGUGAGAGGAGAAGAUGUGAAGCCACUACAGAGGUGUAGCAGAUAAAUCAGCUGCACUGACCCACUGAAGAAGGUGUAUUUGUUCACACAUGUGGCCGUGAAGACUUGAAAAGCACAAAUGGUCUGGGUUUUUUUUUUCUUUUUUUAAGCAGGAAACCCCUGGAGCCAUAUAUGUGGCUAACCUAGUGUGUGUGUGUUUGUGUACAGCUUAUAAUAUACAUGUAUGUAUACAGCCUCAGUGUAGUUAAGUGCAUGUGUAUAGUACUGUAAAUAUGUAAAUGUAUGUUUAUAUUCGCUUACAUUAAGUAAUUUAAGGAAUGCAAAAAUCAAAUAUAGAUUUUAAUUUAUAACUUGUGGCAGUCGAGAGUGUUAUUUAAAAAGUAAAAAUAUUGAACAGAUCUAUGUAUGAUGCUGAGUAGCUCUUUGUAAUAGUGCUGGUAUUCACCAACAUGUCGAUGGAAUAUAUUCUAUAGAAGAGAGGCGGUGCGAGCCCUGAACUCUGAAGGCAGCAGAGUCCGAACUGUCCUGCGAUUUCUUUGUUUUGAAUCUUUUUCUUUCUUUCUUGGUGGCACAGGAGAUUUUUGAUCUUGUCAUUUAAAUUGUACAGCAAGAUCUUUAGUCUGCCUGAGAUGAUAUUUUCUCACUCAAGAAUAAAAGCUGU